AUGGAGCAGUGCAAUCAGAGUUCCGUGACUGAGUUCAUCCUCCUGGGCCUGGCAGAGGGGGCCCUGUCAGAAACCAUGCUUUUCGUUCUCUUUUUGGCCAUGUACUUAGUUACCCUAGUAGGCAACUGCAUGAUGGUCAUGUUGAUUGGGGCUGAGCAUCGCCUACACACGCCAAUGUACUUCUUCCUCCUCCAUUUGUCUCUGCUGGACCUCUGCUACUCCUCAGUUACCAUCCCACAGAUGUUAGCACACCUCCUCUCCAGAGAUAAAGCCAUAUCCUUUGCCCGAUGUGCCUUCCAGAUGUACAUUUUCACGGUGUUUGGUAUGGCAGAAUGUGUGCUGUUGGGUCUUAUGGCCUAUGACCGCUACGUGGCAAUUUGCCAUCCCUUACAUUAUACCACUAUCCUGAACUGGCACUUCUGUAGCUGGACAGCAGGAGCUGCCUGGUUGAGCGGCUUCCUCAACUCCCUCAUUGUCAAUGCCUUUGCUCUGCACCUGCCCUACUGUGCCCAAAAUCACAUCAAUCAGUUCUUCUGUGAGUUACCGGUUGUGAUGAAGCUGGCAUCUGCUGACUCUUCGGAGGCGGAGGUAGUUUUGUUUGUCCUUGGUUUCUUUCUUCUGCUUCUGCCUUUCAUCCUCAUCACUGCCUCCUAUGGCCGCAUUGUGAUUGCCGUCUUGCGCAUCCGUUCGGCUGAGGGUCGGCGCCGAGCGGCUUCAACCUGUGUUUCGCAUCUCCUGGUGGUGAGCCUUUUCUAUGGCACAGCCAUCUUUGCCUACAUGAGGCCUAGCUUCGUCAGCUCUGCCACAGGUCAGAAUAAGGAUGUCUCUGUUUUGUACACUGUGGUCACCCCCAUGAUGAACCCACUCAUCUAUAGCCUUAGAAACAAGGAGGUGAAGGGUGCUCUGAGGAAAUUAUUAAGCAAGAAAAAAUCCUCACCAGAGACAUGA